AUGUUUUUCCUUGUGAUUUUCGCGUCGCUGUUUCUCUUCCAGGCUGCAGUUUGCGAAGAGGACGAAACAGAAUUUGCUUUGGUAAGUAGGCACUUACUAACUUCGAGAUGUUUCCUCAUCUGGUAGCGCGAAACCCGAAUUAAAUCAUGCUUUAAACGUGCCGCCGAGGGAACACGUAAUAGUUAUAUCAUUAGGAAUUGGUGCAGAUGCCCUGUUCAAGCCCCUUUUCCUCGGCAAAAUUUUUAACAGAUGCCCUGUAUUAAGCUCUGUGAUUUUCUUAAUGCAAGAAAGAAAUGCUGCACAACGUAAAAUACCGUCAUGUGUCCGUCUUUUGUUGACACGCCCUUACAAGUAACUGAAAAAGUGCCCAUUUAAGCAAGGAGUACUCCGUAUCAACUAAGGUUAAAAAUACAGUGGUUCUUGUGUGUGCCUGAGCUUGGCUGGGACCACAGAGCAAGUUACGGCUGAUGGCCAAAAUAGGAACGUUAAUUGAGACGUGCGUAUUCGUUUAAGUUGCGUACUAAGAAGUUCUGAAUACCGAUCGUUAUUAUUCGCCAUCAGAGAAUUACUCACUGUAAAAGUGGUCAGUAAUCCAAGAGUCAAUCUUAUUUGUACCCAUUGUCCUUACUUCCACCCCUGUAAUUAAGUUUAAAAGUCGUGAAUUUGAUAAAAGUUGAUAUUCUGGAGCUAUAUUACAGGCGAAUGGAGUUUUGGGGUAUAGUUAGACAUGGAGAGGCAAUCGUUGGCAAGUUUUUGAUCUUAAUUAUAAAGUAAUGACAAUAAAAUUUUGCCAUUUAAUAAAUGGCGCAAAAAAACGUAAUUUAAUGAUUUUGACGACGUCGUACGACUCCAGAUUAAUGCCAUUUUGGAUCUGUAAGCUUUGAGGCACUGAUUGAAACAACAUUUGGGUGGUGCCUUUCGAAGAAUGUAACGACCACUUUUCGAAAGACCAAAAUCUCAAAAGAAACUUUGGGAUUUUCCUUGGACGAGUCUUCAAGGAUCAGUUUUAAGUCAGGCGAGUUAUCCGCAUGCUUUACCCACCUGUAGGGCCCAGUUGGUCUAAGGCCGCUGAUUAGCGCUAACUUAAGGUUAAAUUUUAGUCUGGGUUUCUUUUUCUUUUAUUCGAAAGCAUUUUCGCGGGUAACUUUCUCUGUACUUUUACGAUCAUCCAAUCGUCAUAUUGUAGACAAAAAGAAUUAAACGGUAUUUCCUUUUUUCCUUUCAUAUCUAAAUUCAAAUUUCGUAGUAACCCCCUGGGUUAUCCCAACCCAGCUUUGAACGUCUUGAACAACCCAGCCCAGCUGAUUGAUGUUUCACACUGUUCUUCUUUUUCAGAAUUAUCUCUCCAACUUUGGGUACACUUCGCACGGCAGAUCAGGCAGUAAUGAUGCUAUCUCGGCGAUCAAAAAGUUUCAGGAAUUCUUUGGUCUUCCCGUGACUGGAAGGCUUGACGAGAGGACGCUGAAAGAGAUGAGGAAGCCUCGAUGUGGAGUUAAGGAUUUGGUUGUAGGCAAGAAUAGCAUGCGUGUGAAGAGAUACUCUACUUGGUGGACUAAAUGGCGCAAAACGUCUUUGAAAUACUACAUGACGUACGGUGACGACAUGUCAGAGAGCAAACAGGCAAGAAUCAUCGCCAAAGCGUUUAAAAUGUGGAGUGACGCAGCACCAAAGCUUCGUUUUACCAGGACAUUCAGAGUCAGUGAGGCAGACAUAAAAGUCAGGUACAAGACAUUAGUCAAAGUAUGUUAGAUAAUAACAGCUCUGGCUAGGUUAAUAAGCUAACAAAGUAAUUUUUUAAGCAAACUAGUAGUUGGCAUGUACUAUUUCUGAGACCCAAUCCGUUCUAAGCACAAUGGAAACUGAAAAUUAAUAUUAACCUUUUGUCUCCCCAUGCAGCUGAAAAGAAUCUCUUUUAGGAAGGAAGUGGGCGACCAAUUCAGCCUUUCUGUAAUAUAAAUUUGAUUCAAUGAAUAUUAUUUAACAGUUUUGGAAGAAGGGAACAUUAUGGUGUUCCAGGUGAAGGCAAGUGUUACGACCCAUUUGACGGUAAAUCCGGGAUUUUUGGUGGAGGAUUAGUGCUAGCCCAUGCUUUCUUCCCCGAAAAUGGUCGACUGCAUUUCGACGACGACGAAAAAUUCACUGAAGAAGGCUCCAUUUGGGGAGCCAAAAGUCUGAUUCACGUGGCAGUUCACGAGAUAGGUCAUAUUUUGGGGCUUCGUCACUCAAAUGUCAAAGGAUCGGUGAUGUGGCCAACUGCCAGUCGGGGCACACCGAAGCUACACGAUGAUGACAUUAAAGGCAUCAGGUCUUUAUACGGUAUGCUCGAGCAACACCUAACACCUAACCACUUAGGUUUUCUAUCCCCUGGUGAAGACUAG